UUUUCCAUGAUGACCAGACACCAGACCUAGACCAGACCAUUACAUUUUUUACAUUUUACAUUUUACAUUUUUUUUUUACAUUAUACAUAAACCAACCCAACCCAAAACCCAACACUCUUUUGAAUGAAUGAAGUACGAUGGAACCUAAUGAUAACAGCACUUUAUUUAGGCCUAAAAUAAAAUCAGUUAUCGCUAAAAAUAGUGGGAUGAAACCUCUUAUAGUCAAUCUUGACAGUGGGCCAUUACCAGAAGAAGAGUUGAAGAAGAGUGAAUGUUUGUGGUAUGAAGAUGAAUCAGAUCACUCCAAACUUAAAGUUGUUCUUGAAAAUAGCAAUGAAAACACUUUUGAAGGCUCAGUAAAUUUAAACUCAAAGAUUUGCAGAACAAUGUUAGUGCUUCAUAAUAAAAAGAAGAAUAAAGUACAGUUGGUGGAUCUGAUUGAGUGCCAGUUACAGAAAGCUCUGAGCAAGCCAACUUUACAAUCAAAUUAUGACAACGAUGAAAUAGAAACAACAUAUGAGGACAAUAGGAAUAAACUGUUAAAGCAAUUUGGGUCAAAAAGAGCCAAUAGAGCAUCUGACAUUGGAUCUAAGAUGCGAAUAAAUUCUGAAAUGAUGACUACUCAGAUAAAACAUACAGCAGCAGAUGUUUCCGUGGAUGUAUCGGAGAUACAAAUGGCCGACUCGUCAACUGACCACUGUCUGCCAGUAUGUCAUAGAGAUGCUACUAAUCUUGAAGGCGUUUACCGAUAUGAAGACUUCUUCACCGAGUCUGAAUGGGCGAGUUUAGAAGACGAGGCUACUGUGGUUUUCAAUGUCAUUCCUUUCACACAAGAAGAAUCAGGAUUUUCAAAGCUAAUCAUCGACUAUAUUGAUCGACUUGGAAACAGAGUAACCUUAGAGAAGAUAAAGUGUAUGCUGUUCAUUGAUGUUUUGAUCAAGUUUUUCAACUGUCCACAAAAUAGAUUUAAGAAAAGAGAUAUUGUAGAAAAUAUCUGUCCCUUUUCUAACCUCAUCGCAAAGAAAAUAUUUGAAGAAUUCACAGAGGAUAACAAAGGUGGAAGGCUACGAAAUGUAACUAUGGAUGACAAAGUAGUGAUUCACAUUUUGGUACUCAUAAUAAUCACAUGUGAGUUUUCCUGCAAUACAGAAGAGCUAUCAAGAUACUUACCUAGGUUCAGUGUCAAAAAGAUAAGGGAGAUUGCUCGUGCCUUAAGUCUGACAACCAAAGACAAAAUAACUUGGUUCCUCAAACUGCCUUUGCCACCUCAGAGAUCGGUCUUUAUGAGAAGAAGGAAAAAUUAAUAUUUUAAACUUUAUGUUUUAAAGUUGAAUUAAAGUUGUUUUAAGUUGUAAG